GGGCGGAGAUUCAAAAAUGGCCGCUCUUUUAAACAGACUUUCUAGCAAGAAAGAAGUGGACCGUGUCAUAAAAAGCACUGAAGAUAAAGUCCUUGUAUUGAGAUUUGGGAAGGAAAGUGAUUCAACGUGUCUCAAACUAGACGACAUUCUAGCUAAGAAUCAGGAGUUAGUAUCGAACAUGGCAGUGAUAUAUACAGUGGACAGUGAGUCUGUACCAGUAUAUAUGCAGUAUUUUGAUAUUGUAAUGAUACCGUCUACCGUGUUCUUCUUCAAUGGACAACAUAUGAAAGUUGAUUGGGGAACUGCUGAUCACACCAAGUUUGUUGGUGCCUUCAAGAAUUCUCAGGAUUUCAUUGACGUGGUUGAAGUGAUAUACAGAGGAGCCAUGAAGGGUAAAUUCAUAGUAACGAGUCCACUGGAUCGGAGGAAUGUACAACAAUUUAACUUAAUAUACAAUGACAUAUGAAGAGAAUUGAGACACUUGACACAAAAAUAAUAACAACAACAAUAAUAAUAAUAAUAAUGAUUAAUAGUAAUACUUACAAUGAAACAAACAAUUAUUGACAAUAAUAUAGACAUUGAUACUGAAUAACAACGAUAAUGAUAAUAAUAAUAAUAACAGAAAAGUUAACAAAUUUUUUAAUAUCACAACUACUUUUUGAUCACAAA